UUCAUUUCAUGGAAGCCAUGGGAAACAUCAUUAAGUUACUGAUAUUAACAGGACUGUGUUCUGUUUCUCUAUGUCUGUAUCGGCACCAAUAUGUCUUACAAAACACUCCAAAAACCUGGAAUGAGGCACAGAGUUUCUGCAGAGAAACAUGCAUUGACCUGGCCACCAUGGAAGACAUGGAGGAGAUGAAAAUGGCUCUUCAAACUGUUGCAGACAACUAUGUUGAUGCAGUCUGGAUUGGGCUGCACAAAGGAAAUAAUCCAAAGUGGCACUGGUCUCUAGUAGACCAAGGUUUCUACAAGGAUGGAGAGAAAAAUAACCUUAAAUGGGGCAACCAAGGUGGAGAUAACUGUGUUGUUUUGAGUAAUGGACAACUUUCUACAAGGUCCUGUGCAGUCAGCAGUCAUUCCAUCUGCUUUGAUAAAACAAAACAAGGAGCAGCUCAGUACGUCCUCAUUCCAGAACAGAUGACUUGGACCGCUAGUCGAGAUUUUUGCAGAAAAACAUACACAGACCUGGUCAGCCUGAGGAAUGACACAGAAUACCAGACAGUUCAGAAUGUUGCCAAUGGGAAGACAGUAUAUGUUGGUCUCUUCAGAGAUCCCUGGGAGUGGUCAGACCUGAGCGACUCCUCAAUGAGGUACUGGAGAGAAUCUCAGCUGAUUUAUGCACAAGAUUCUGAAUCCUGUGUCGCUAUGAUGAAGACUGAAUCUGGUAAAUGGGGAGACAGGAAAUGCACAGAAGAGCGUCCUUUCCUCUGCAAAUGCACAAAAAACAAACUGCAGUUCAUAAAACUGAGGAUCAGCUUCCAGCACUCAACUUUGGAUUUAAAUGACCCUACAAUUCAAAGAAGCAUGUUGGAGAAAAUGGAGCAAAAGCUGAAUGCAAGUAUAAAGGGUAUCACCCUUCUUUCAUGGAAGAAGCUCUCUGAUGAUAGAGGUUUAAUCAAGGAAGACAAGGAAAACAUCCCUUGAGAGAAAUACAGAGGAUUAUUAAGAUUCUAUCUUGAUGUUGUAGAAGGCUGUAAUCCAGUUUAAUAGAAGAAAAGAAAGCUGUUAGUUGUUGUUAAGAUUUCCACUUAUAAUGAAGGACGCUAUGUGAUGAUUAUCUUUAGUAUUUGUAUGCAGAUAGUUUAACAAAGACUUUUCAUGGUUCAUUGGUCUUAGUAAUUCCAGGAAUCCUAGCAUCUUCUGUGAAUAUGAACUGCUUUCAUGCCGAUAAUCUCAUCUGUCAUUUGAUUUUGAGCCGCUGUUUAGAAAUAGAUGUAAGAUGUGAACUCUGAACACAGAUUGGAUCUCAAACUGUGGCAUUUUUUCAUUUGAGUGUCUUAAAACUUUGGGGUCAAGCCUUUUUGAGGCAAAUAUAAAAUAAAUUAGCAGUGAUAGAAAGCUAAUAAGUCUAACAACACAAAAAUAGGUACUUUAAUUGUAUUUACAUUUAUAAACAAUAUUACUCACAGAUACUUUGGUGAAUAGCAUAAUAAUAGCAACAUUUAAUUGAUUUGAUGGUGGUGUGACCACAUUUUUUUCUGCAAGAAUUUUUAUUCAGAUAAAUAACCAGUAAUAUAUGCCUUUUUCAGAUUCUUUUUUUGUAUAUCUACAAUUUUUUCCCCCAUUAUUUUUAAAUUUCUUUCUAUGUGUGAACUGAUCUUCAUAACAGUAUAUCUAUUUGCUUUUCCUUUUUUUAAUUUAUAUGUCUUUCUUUGAUUUUCGCUUGGACAUCCAAAUAAAGAUUAUAGUAACCAAUUUG